UGGGUCGUCCUUGUUUAUUCCCUCUCUGCUUCGCAAUAUAAAGAACCCACCCUUUUCCCUCUCAAUAUGCCAACCAACCUCUUCACCUUCUAGCUUUCUUUCCUCCUUGUUCUUGUUUGAUUGAUUAUGUUUAUUCCCUGUCUUUAAUUUACUUUGAGGGUACGUGUAUUGGAACCUUUUAUCUCUUGCUUUGGAUUCUGCCUCAAUUGGAUUUCAACACUUUGAACUGGCGGCUGCUGUGUUGCUGCUACAACUGCAACUACAAGGGCUUUCUUAAUUUCUUGCUUUAAUUUGUGUGUGUUUUUUUGAAGAUGGAAAAGAUUAAUUUUGUUAAGAAUGGAGUUUUAAGAUUGCCACCGGGGUUCCGUUUUCAUCCCACUGAUGAAGAGUUGGUUGUUCAAUACUUGAAGCGCAAGGUUUUCGCUUUCCCCUUGCCUGCCUCUAUAAUUCCUGAAGUCGAUGUUUGCAAGUCUGAUCCUUGGGAUUUACCAGGUGAUUUGAAGCAAGAGAGGUACUUUUUUACCACAAGGGAAGCAAAAUACCCAAAUGGAAACAGAUCCAACAGAGCUACUGGCUCUGGUUAUUGGAAGGCCACUGGACUUGACAGGAAAAUUGUAACUUCCAGGGGCAACCAAAUUGUGGGCAUGAAGAAAACUUUGGUUUUUUAUAGCGGAAAGCCACCACAUGGCUCUAGAACUGAUUGGGUUAUGCAUGAAUAUAGGCUUGUUACUUCAGAGACUACUCAAAAUAAAAACUCAAUCCAGAGCCCUGUGAUGACAGUUGAAAAUUGGGUCCUAUGUCGGAUAUUCUUGAAGAAAAGGAGUGCUAAAAAUGAGGAUGCGGAAACUUGCAAUGUUAAUGGAGGUCGUAAAUUGAGGACCAGCAAGCCAGUUUUCUAUGAUUUCAUGAGAAAAGAGAGAGCUGACUUGAAUCUGGCUCCUACUUCCUCUUCUUCUGGAACAAGUGGAAUCACUGAAAUUUCUUCAAGUGAAUCAGAUGAUCACGAAGAAAGUAGUUGCAAUAGCUUCCCUUGUUUCAGAAGAAAACAGUAAACAAAUUAUAAAUUAUAAUUUCCCUCUUUAGUUGCUGUACCAGUAAUUGUUGAUCUGAAGAUUAGAAAAUCAGAAUAACCCUUUAGCAAUCUAAUGUUUGGUCAUUUAAGUCUCACCUCUGUUUUCUCAGAUUAUCACUUUACAGAAUGAGAUACCAAUGAAAGAAAAGCCAAAACAAAAAAUCGGCAUUAGUUGUUAUCAGUAAUAUAAUUUCCAGCAUUUCCUUA